CGGUUUUGUUUCGAUCCAGGACCAGGAUGAGUUCCACCGGAGCUCCGCAGACUUCCCGAGCUCCCGAGGGUUGCCGCUUCGACCUGGCAUCCAGGUACUAUAUGCUCUGUGACUUGAACGCCACGUGGGGCAUCGUCCUGGAGGCGCUGGCCGGUGCUGGAGCCGUGACCACAGUGGUCUUCAUGGUUGCUCUCCUGGUCCUCGUCUGCAAGGUGCAGGACUCCAACAGGCGCAAGAUGCUGCCCACGCAGUUCCUCUUCCUCUUCGGUGUGUUGGGGCUCUUCGGCUUGACCUUUGCCUUCAUCAUCAGACUGGACGGGGCCACAGGGCCCACGCGCUUCUUCCUCUUUGGUGUCCUCUUUGCUCUCUGUUUCUCCUGUCUCCUGGUGCAUGCUUUCAACUUGACGCAGCUCGUGCGGGGCAGGAGUUCGCUCUCCAUGCUGGUGACUCUGGGCCUGGCGUUGGGCUUCAGCCUGGUGCAAGACGUCAUCGCCAUCGAGUAUGUGGUCCUCGCCAUGAACAGGACCAACGUCGACGCCUUCUCGGAGCUCUCGGCGCCUCGCCGCAACGAAGACUUUGUCCUACUGCUCAUCUACGUCCUCCUGUUAAUGGCCCUCACCUUCCUUAUGUCCUCCUUCACCUUCUGUGGCCCCUUCACUGGCUGGAAGAUACACGGGUCCCACGUCUACAUCGCCAUGCUCCUGUCCAUCGCCAUCUGGGUGGCGUGGAUCAGCCUGCUUUUGGUUCCCAGCCCGGGUCCCAAGUGGGACGACACCAUCCUGAGCACGGCCCUGGUGGCCAACGGCUGGGCUUUCCUGUUUGCUUAUGUUGGGCCCGAGUUUCGGCUGCUCACAAAUCAGCGCGAACCCACGGAUUAUCCGCUCGAGGACGCGUUUUGUAAACCUCAGCACAUGAAGCCGAAUCAAGGGAUGGAGAACAGAGCAUAUUUUGAAGAUGAUAUGUCUCAAGGCCGUGGAGAGAUAGGGGACACACUCCACGCCCCUUACGCCACCCAUUUCCAGCUCCAGGAUCGGACCCCCCAGAAAGAUUUCUCCAUCCCCCGGGCUCAGGCCCGGCCCAGCCCUUACAAAGGCUACGAAGGCAGGAAGGAGGGCAGCUAACAGGCUUCGCCAGAGCUGCGUGUGACCACCCUGCCACAUAGCGAGGCGCGAGGUGCCCACCAGUGGAAUCUUCCAGGAAAUCCCACCCAGGACGUUUGAGGGGUCCUCUGACCCCACUCCCACCACAACCAUUCCUCUCUUACGUCCAAGCCGAGGCAGGUGAGAAAGACUCGAGGCCCCAGCAGCUUUUAUGCCUAACUUGGGAUUCUUUCUCUACGUGGGAGUCUUUGAGCUGCCUAGACCCAGGUGUCACCGAGUCCUUGUCACUUACCUGUGACUGAAAGUGUGCACAUCAGCCCUCAAUCCUGGCAUGCUCGGCCUCUGGGGCAAGCGCGUCCAGCUGCAAGCUGGGAAUCUUCAGCCUGGAGCACGACUGGGAGCUGAGCGAAACCAACAGAGGCUGCACGCCUGGCUCUCUCCUGUGUGCCAGUCUCUUGGCUCUGCAUCUGCCCGGCCUUCUGCGCUGGGUAGAGGAGGCUGUGGCCAGCCUGAAGAGACUGUCCCCAGUGUUCCCCAGCCAGUCUGCACCCGUGUCAACUCGCGGACCAGAGCUGCCCGUGGACUGGCUUUCCUGGACCCCUCCAGCACCGACAAGCGCAGUUGCUCCCGAAGACGAGUUUGCCUGCCGCUCCUGCAGGCCAUUCUGGCACUGAGACGCCUCCCCUCGUCCAGCUUUCUGUAAAUACGUUCCCGUUGUACUCCCCAGGGGGGCAAUGUUAUUGUAUAAUAAGUUAUUCAGCCGGAUAUUCAAUAAAGGUGUGGUGGUGAUUU